AUGGGAAAGAUCAUCUUCUACGAAGGCCGUAACUUCCAGGGCCGGUCCUACGAGUGCAAUGGCGACUGCAUGGACACUUUCAGGCACUUCAGCUGCUGCAACUCCAUCCGGGUGACCGGGGGUCACUGGGUGGCCUACGAGAAGCCUAAUUACCUGGGGUACCAGUACAUCCUGGGCCGCGGGGAAUAUCCCGACUUCCGCACCUGGAUGGGAUUCAACAACUGCAUUCGCUCUUGCCAGAUGUUCCCUCCUUAUCGAGGCUCAUAUAGGAUGAGGAUCUACAACCGGCCCGACUUCUCCGGUCACAUGAUGGAGCUGAUGGACGACUGCCCCAAUGUCUACGACCGCUUCCGCCACCGUGACAUCUACUCCUGCAACGUAAUGGAAGGGUACUGGACCUUCUACGAGCACCCCAACUACAGGGGGCGCCAGUACUUUUUGCGGCCGGGCGAGUACCGGACCUGUGGAGAGUGGGGGUGCUUUAACCCCAUGGUGGGGUCGUUCAGGAGGAUGAGGAGUCAUCUGUGA